GCCAGCUAACUUUAGCCUUGUGUGUUUCCUCGCCAGGGCCUCUUGUUUCGGCUUCUUGUUAACGGUUCCUACGCAUCGGGAAAUUCAAGGGCCAUGGAUUUCCCAGGUCACUUUGAUCAGAUCUUCCAGCAGCUCAACUAUCAGCGUGUCCACGGUCAGCUGUGCGACUGUGUCAUCGUGGUGGGCAGCAGACACUUUAAGGCCCACCGCUCUGUGCUGGCAGCCUGCAGCACCCACUUCAGAGCCCUGUUUACAGUGGCAGAGGGAGAUGCAAGCAUGAACAUGAUCCAGCUGGACAGCGAGGUGGUUACAGCUGAAGCUUUCGCUGCUCUGGUGGACAUGAUGUACACCUCAACGCUGAUGUUGGGGGAGAGUAACGUCAUGGAUAUCCUGCUUGCAGCCUCACAUCUGCACCUCAACAAUGUAGUAAAGGCCUGCAAACACUACCUGACCACACGUACCCUUCCCAUGUCCCCCACACCCGACAGAACCGCCCAUCACCACCCUCAGCAGGAGCAGCAGAGGCACAGGCAGCAGCAGCAGCAGCAGCAGCAGCAGCAGGUAGCAGAUUUAGCAGCUAAUGCUAACCUCGCAAACGCUGCCACGUCAAAGUUGCAGCGCUCUUUCCUCCUGCAGCAGCUUGGGCUGAGCUUAGUAAGCUCUGCUUUGGGUGGGAUGGAGGAGGACAGAGUUGGAAAUGGAGUUGGAAAUGGAGUUGGCAAUAGAGUGGGCGAACAGAGGGCCUCCUUCCCUAUCCGACGCUUCCACAAACGCAAGCCCCCCAUGGCCCUGGGCCUGUCAGAGGAGAGGCCCAGGCAGAGGCAGCGUCCCUCUGGGCCUAACCUGGGGAUGUUAGGAGAAGAAGGGAUGAACGCAGAGCGAGAAGAAGGAGGGCUUCUCUCCCCGGACUCCCACAAAAUGGGGGAUGAAUCCAAAUUGGAUGGGGCAAUGACCGGGCUAGUAGGGGUGUCCCAAGAUGAUCCACAAAUGCCCAGCCAGUCGGACAGUGGAAAUUGUGAGGGGGAGGACUUGGGGAAAAUGCAGGGAGGGGUGAGGAAGGAGGAGGACAUGGAAGAGCAGGAGCACCAGGUCAACAGAGCAGGGGUGAAGAUCAAAUCAGGGACCGAGGAAGAACGGGAACAGAAGGUGGUGGUUAAACAGGAACCGCUAAGUUCGCCCGAGCCGACUGAUGAAACUAGCGACGUGCCGUCCCAGGCUGAGCCCGGCGGCCAGGAGGAGAAGGCGGAGCUGAGCCCAGAGAGCAGCGACCGCAGCUUCACCUCUGAACCCCUCACCAGCUCCGACUCUCUGCUCCUCAAGAGCAGCAUGGGAGGGGGCAGUGGAGUGGGAGGAGAUUUUGGGUGUAGUAGUGGACUGGGUGGAAAAACUGGUUUUAGUAUUUCUAGCUUCCUCAGCCCUAAAGUUUUUGGAAGUGUCGGGUCGGGGUUGGUUUCUAGAGAGGAUGGCCUCCCCAACACAACUACUGGCGAUGCAGUAGCACAUCACUUCCUGCUCAGACAGGAUGCAGCUGGGCCAUCUAGCUCCGCCUCUUCCUCCCUUCUGAAGGGCGGUCCACUCGGGGGCGAAAGUCGCAACGGUUUUGGAGACAACCUCCAAGCAGAUUCUCUGUUCCUCCGUCCCCUGCAUGAUGGGUUAGGGAACCCCAGAGGAAGUGCCGGUGGGGGGCUGGGAGGGGUGGAUCCGUUUGGCCUGGACUUCCAGCGCUCUAGUCUUGGGCUACACUCCCUGGGGCGACCGUCCCGAGGAGCGGGGGGGGCUUGUACCACUGCGCUUAAUUAUCCAGGUUACAGACGCAUCGCUCCGAAAAUGUCCAGCAGUAUGGGAGGAGAAGAAGGUGGUGUUCUCCAGGAUGCUGCCUCUUCCUCCUCCAGCCUGGCAAGUCCUCUGCUUUUAAAUGAGGGCGGGGGAUAUGAGAUGAAUAAUGGCAGACCCACCUCCCUCCUCCCUCAGCUAACCCGAGCUUCAGCAGACGUCCUGUCCAAGUGCAAGAAGGCUCUGUCGGAGCAUAACGUGUUGGUGGUCGAGGGAGCGCGGAAAUACGCCUGUAAGAUCUGCUGCAAAACCUUCCUCACCCUGACAGACUGCAAGAAACACAUCCGUGUGCACACAGGAGAGAAACCCUACGCAUGUCUCAAGUGUGGGAAGCGCUUCAGCCAGUCCUCCCAUCUAUACAAGCACUGCAAGACCACCUGUCUGCGCUGGCAGAACAGUAACAUGUCCAAUGGCCUGCUGUAGGGCUGAGGACACUGCAUUCAAUCGGAGCCAGGCGAUAGGAUUAAAUACAUUUGGAAUCUAUAAUUGGCCAACUUUUAAGACUCCAUAAUGUUGAGAUUUUUCUGACUGCAAGAAAGGAGAAACCCACAUUACGUUCAAGUUCUUGUAAACACUUAUAGACUGUAGAAAGAUAAGAGGGAGAUGCAAAGGGUCAACAUUUAUCGCCGUGAUUGCCUCAUAGAAAACAUAGAUGAAGAAUAUACUCCCCUGUAAUCAUCAGUGUUUCCUGAGGAGUGUCAGUACAUGCAGCCCAUGACUUUUAUAUUUAUGUUUUGAUUAGUGUAUUAUCCCCUGAACUAAGAAUCGUAUCUACAUUAGGAGCCGGUCUCUUUGACUGAAUUCACCAUGUUGCACUGCCAUGUUAGUAGAAACGCUAAGAACGGUCAAACCAAAGUUGGUUUGGAGAGAGUACCCGUUUUGUUUCACGCUGAAGUGGCACCUUGAAUCAGAUGAUGCAAACGCACUAGUUGGAAAACAAAGAGUAGGCUGAGUGGUUGCAGGUGCUGUCUAACCAUAUUGUAUUCUGAGAUUAUUGGGAACCUAAUUUUUGACCAAAUGGACGAUGUUACUUGUUAAUUAGUACACAUCCAAGCAAGGAGAGUGAACCCCUCACAGAAGCAACACAAAGUCGUAAUGGUUUGCAAACUCAACAUUAGAUGCCUUUAAAUCCGACACAGUGGUCCAAGAAAUUGAGAUUUUAUGUGAUUGACAUUAUCGAUCAGGACGGUAGAAACCCAAAAGAACAGUUUAUCAAUAGCUGAGAAAUUAUGUUUGUGCAUACUCAACCACCACUAUAUUGUGCCAACGGUUUGACCUCUUUAGUGGCCUUUCAGUCCAAGCGCCUUUGAAUCACAAUCAUCAUAAGUCUGGCUGAGCUCAGUUAAAGUUGAGAAUAUGUCAGCUUCCAAAUAAGUCUGAGUUUUGGCAGAAUGGAAAUAAUUGAAUUGCUCUGUUAAACCAAUUUUCGCUCAGCAACAUUGCAUUUUUUCUUUUUGAGGAACAAUGAGGAAGUGAGAUGUCCACUCACCAUCUUGGCAUACUCGUCUUUGCACCUUAUUUUGUGUUAUGAUGUGCAGGAGUUGCACUUUUGUCGACAUUUUAAAUGGCUUAAAAUCUGGCAUUCACUGAGUGGGAAUGACCACAAAAGUUCUGGCUGUGGUCAGUUUACUGACCGUCCUCACAUCAGACAAGGUUCCAUGGACGCUGUUGUUUUGUGUUUGCAGUAUGUGUGUUUAUUAAAAAGGGUAAUGAAGUAGUGCUGAGAGGCAGAUCCGUCUGAUGAAAACUGUUAACAGUUUGCUGAGGUCCACCACGUGCUGAAAGGGCUUUAGAAAUGUAAAUAUUGCACUUUGAAUGGGUUUCAUCAUUUUCCUCUUAAGGGGAGACAAGAAAUGUCUGAAGAUUUCAAUAUUGUGUUUAAGUUUGCUACUGUACUAUAUACGUGCUCUGUACAUGUGUCUUUUUACAUCUAAUGUUGCAUCUGUACAAAAGCACUUGGACAAUUCAUUAUUUUCUUAAAACUAAUAUGUUAACUUGAAUGUGUAUUUAUGUGAAAACGGAGCUGUAUGGAGACUGUCCGACUCGGCGUGUUCCUCUUUAUACUAGCGUUAGGAUAUGAAAUGCAAAGUUCAGAAAUUAACUUUAAAUGGUAAUCUGUUCAUUUCGGGAGGUAUAGCUUUUUUUUUUGUAUGUUGCUGUAUUUUAAUGUCAACUUAAUAAAUGAUGGUUUGGUGUGAGAUUGAAAAAGAGUACAUAGAUGCUGAAAGUAAUCUAAAUGUGUAGCUCAUAAAUUAUAAAAUCCAUUGGCCUUUUUUUUAGAUUUAUUUUGCUUGCUGUAUGUGUAGAGCUGUAUGUGUAGAGUGUAGGUGAUGUAUGUGUGUCACCUACACUUUAAUUGCUUAAUUAGCUAGUCAGCAUCUUAUCUUACUGUAGAGUCAAUACACUGUUAGCCCGUACAACAUGACAAUUCUAUUUGACAUUCAUGAGAUCACCUUGACAUUUCACUUCAAAGAUGAAUUGCCUUAAAUUAUGUUUCACACUGUAAACACAAGCUGACCUACCAUUCACCCUCUACAUGUUGACAUGAAACAAAUAGCAAAGUCCUUGUAGCUUGGAAACAGAAUUCAAAAGAAUCCCUGAAGGUUAAACCUCUUGUCUUUUUAUCUGUAUUCACUCCUGCAUUCUGUAAGGAGGAAUGUGCUGUGAGUCGUAACACAGUUGCCAGUUAAGGGUUAUUGUGGUGCUGUCUUCUUUAGCUGCUGCAUAAACAGUAAAAGGGACUACUGUAUUAAAAAGCCAAAAUGUUAAAAUACAUAAAAGGCCUAAAUUGUUAAUGAACGUCACUGCCUUAUGCCCUCUAGCUUGAAAAGCUGGGCUUUUGUUGAUAUGCCAAAUCUGAUGUAUUUCUGUGUUUUUUUCAUGAGAGGAUUAAAUGUUUGUCUCUUUACUGUUGAACGCUAUGAAGAAUGUACAGUAUGUUCAGUUGU